GCAAAUUAAAAACUUAACGCAAUGACUUGGUUGCUGCAAUCAAACCAGCCUGGCAACUGACCGGGCUAUUGCGCACGACCUGCCUGAAACGCUGUGAUCGGAGAGCUAUGAGUUGACGGCCCUCGGUGAGUCUGGACGCUUUUUGCCUCAUGGCCUCACGGGCAUCGCCCACCUUGAGCAGCACUGGUUUGGUCUUGUCAGCGCAGCCUGUUAAAGCGCUGUACACAGCGACAGAUUCCCUGUCUCUGUGGGCAAAGCAGCGCAAAGGCACUGCCAACCGCCUCUGGUCUAUGGCGGCGUUUGCAGCAGCUUUCACACGUCCAUUGCGCAGAUCAACAAGCCGUUUAUUUAGUAAGAAGUCCGUUGAACAAAUGACCGCCGAACUGACCCAAUUUGUGGCCGCAGUAGCUUCUGGACCCCUUGAUCGCGUUCGGAGAGCAAGGCUUCUUGGCAGGAUUGAGAGGAUCCUGAAGGAAAGCCUGGGUUCAGACGCUGAGAUACUGGGAUAUGGCUCUUGCUUCACGGAUACUGCGGAAACCGACGCUGACAUUGAUGCUACAAUCUAUGUGCCAAUGACUCUAAAACGAGCUCAGGCUGCUGCGAAAGUGACAAAGUCACGCUCAGAAAUGCUCCGUGAGGUUGCCUUGAAAUGCAGGCAGCUUGGAAUGGAGGUGGAAGAGAACAUCAGUCAUGGAACCGUGACGAUUGGUGAAGCUGUCUCUGUACAUGUGGCGAGCAACACGUUUCGCUCUUAUUCUACGUGCAGAUGUGUGCUGAGUUGCCAGAGGUUGCUUCCACUCUUCAGUUCGCACCUUAUCCGUGCCUAUGUGCAACUUGAUCCUCGACUUCGGAGCCUGAUCUUGGCACUGAAAUACUGGGCACGGGCAGCGGGUGUAUUGAAGAAGCAAGAUGGUUAUAUCCCGUCAUAUGUCAUUUCAUUGAUGGCAAUAUACUAUGUUCAAGUAUGCGAUCAGCUGCCAUCACUGCAUCAACUGGCCAGACGAUCUCACCUUGUUCAAUGUGAGCAGCGCUUUGACACAGCAUUUCUAAGGCGCGAACAUGUAUCGUGGCAGAGCAUGGCUUUUCUAAGUGCUGCAGACCUUCCAAGUGCUGCAACUUUGCUGCGUGGCUUCUUCAAUUUCUAUGCCAAAGAGUUUGACUGGAAUGGUGAAGUUCUGUCAGUGCGGCUGGGAGAACGUCACAAAAUCGAUUCGGAGCGUUUCCGAAACCUUUGGGGCAAGCGAAAGAGCUUUCAUGUGGAGGACCCAAUUGAAUUGGGGAGGAACUUAACGACCAGGGUCCAUCCAAAAGCUCUGGAGCAGCUGCGACUUUGUCUACAGGUGAAAGUUGAUGAGGCCGAGUCCUUGCAAGAGCUCAUUUGCCCCGAUGAUAGCACUCUCCCAAAGGCUGAUCAAUGGCAAGCACGAAAAGAACAGAUGCAGCACACUAGACAUUUUGAGCUGGCAAGCUUAGACGGUCGACAUCAGACCUGUCUUAUUUGCGGCCAGCAGUUCAGUGAUACUUGGCUCCUCAGGCAGCAUCAAGUGGACCUUGCUCACUUCAACACUGACAAUUUCGAAGAAGUAUUGCUUGGCAGAAAAAGCGAUGAAUUGGCGAGAUUGCGAACCUGGCAGAGACUAAGCAAGGAGAUUGGCUGGACUAGUGAUGAGAUUGGCUCAACUAGUGAUGAGCAGCGAGAUUCCUCUUGACAGACAUGCAGAGAUUUUCACAAGUCAUUUGCAAACCUGGCAAUGCACAUCUUUGGCCGGGUGACUACUCGUCGCAGAAUUCCUCUUUGUCGGAUUCCUCAGAUCCAAGCAUUUUCAACAAGAUCCUGUCAACGAUUGAGCUUGACAUUUGACAUUUGCCUGGACUGGUGAGUAGUAAGGAGAUUCCUCUUGGACUCCCUGCCUUGUGGAGGAAUCUUCCCCAAGAUGGGCGAACCUGACAAUGAAUGGGCAAAGAGUUUUGUUGAGACUAGCGACUAGGAGAGACCGCGUAUCCAGGGAAUGUUUGACAUUGUUUGACUGGAUUGUUUGCGGGACUUGGUUCACAGAUGAAGGAUCCUGCGCCCCAGACUUGCAAGUUGAGUUGCCAAAGUAAAAGUAAGGCGAAAGAAUGCAUCUGAACAUAUCCGAACUUCGUCUUGUUCUCAUGCAAUCAUGAGUCAUAGACCGCAAUCAGACAGUUUCAAACCUCUGAGGCACUGGUCUUUGGAUGGAGACAAGCUGACAAUCAACUGGGCUGACUAUGGCACCUACGACAUGACGGUGAACAUUGCAGAAUCAACCAUGGAAGGAUGUAUGAGAGGGGGAGAAGCCAAAGACUGGCGAAAGGCCCAAUUUCUGCGCAAGCUAGUGGAUACCACAUCCGUGGCCUGUGAACAUCACUGACCAGCUAGCUCAGCAGAACUUGAGGGGUGGUUUUGUGCAAGACCCACGUGCGACACGAA